GUCAUGUGAUGCUGUGAGUCUGGGCUGCUUCUGAUUGCUGUUUCUUCGUCUGAUGUGAAUGCUAAGGCUAAGUGCUCUUUGAAGGAAAAAAAAAAUAGAGAUUACAACACCUUUAUUUUACUGAGCACCAAGAUCCACAAUGUCAUACGGAUCCAUUGACGGUGGCUCGUUUGGCAGCAGGAAUCCUUUUGGUGGUCCCACAAGGCAGGGCUACCAGCCAGUAGCUACACAGGUUAGCUCUUCAGAAUUACAAGAUGUGUUCCAAGAAACAUCUUCCAACAUCUUCCAAAUUAAUGCUAAUGUGGUCACAUUAGAGAAGAGCCUUCAAUCGUUGGGGACAUCGAGAGACACAGCAGAGAUACGCCAGAGCCUGCACUCCAUACAGCAACAAACCAAUAAAGUCAUUACAAGCACAAGCCAACUCAUCAAACAGCUCUCUGACAUCAUCAGCGGCUCCUCUCGGCAAGACCGGCUGCGUCUGACCAGGCUGAAGACAGAGUUGUCAGAGUCUGUGCAGCGUUAUGGUGACCUGCAGAAGAAAAUUGCAGACCGUUCAAGGGCUUUGCUUCCUCCAGCAGCAAAAGACAGAAAACGGAGUCAACAGACACCAGUCACUGAGCUGUGUGAAGAUCCACUGGUCGGGCCAGCAGAGGACAUGGAAGGAGAUGAACAGCAGGCAUUCCUGUCUGAGAUCAGCGAGGAGGAUGUGGAAGUCCUGCGCCAAAGGGAAGAAGCUCUUCUCCAGAUAGAGAGAGAUAUGCUGGAUGUUAACCAGAUUAUGAAAGACUUGGCCAGCAUGGUGCAUGAACAAGGGGACACAAUAGACAGCAUUGAGGAAUACAUUCAGACUACUGCCUCACAUGUGGAAUCUGCUAACCAGGAGCUUGCAAAGGCCAGUCAUCACCAGAAGCAGCUGAGAAAAAGGAAAUGCUAUUUACUAAUAGCUGGAGCAUUCAUUCUAAUUCUACUGAUUGUCAUCAUUGCUUUGUCAACCAGAAACUGAAAGCAAACCCACAGAUCCCAGUUGCUGCACUGCUGUGACCUUUCCUCAGCCUUCCACAGUCCAUCCUGUGUUUCUCUCUCCUGUCUUUUUUGUUUUGUGCUUGCUCUUUUAUCUGCAUUAUAAAUGAGAGAGAGAUUGUGGGGAAUUUUAUGGCAGGGGUGUCGAGGGUUUUUAAUUGCAACCAAGCAGAAAUGACACCUGAUUUCACUUGCUUAAUCAGUUAAUCUUGGUCUUCAAAAAACUCUUAGGUCUGAAUUCUGCUUGGCUGGAUUAAAUGAAAAUAUAGUUAAACCGGCCCUUUGCGGAUGAUUCGAUACUCUUGUUUUAAGAUUUUUUUUUAAUUAGCAUUCGUUUCCUCUUCAGUUCAUAGUAAUAAUAAACCACGAAUGGACCUAUGU